CAAAUUCAGAAUUUGUGGUUAAAACAGACGCCUGUAUUCGAGGAGACUUUCCAAAUAUUUGUGCCUUCCGCCUCAUAAAUGGAGGGACCCUGGCGUUGGUUAGUUUCUGCGGCAUCUUGCUGAAUGUCAUCGUCAUGUUUGUCAUAAUCGGACAAAAGGUUCACCUGAGUAACCAGAAAUAUUUCAUGUUCAAUCUGGCUAUUAGCAAUAGUCUCAUAGCGAUUGUUGGCAUGUUCAGAGGACUGGGAAUCAUAGACCCUAGUUUUGUUGGGUUCGUUGGUGGAGAAGAAAAUGGAUGGUGUUCAGCUUACCUACUAUUCAUGAUGCUUGUAAGCUAUUCGAACUGUCCUUGCAUGGUAGCUCUGACAUUUGACCGUGUGGUGGCUAUCUCACGACCCUUCAUGCACAGAACUCUUUUCACGAAGUGGGUUUGUAUAGGAAUCUGUGUAGCCGUGUGGUUACCUCAGGUUUUCUUUUACUGCUGGUUUAUGGUGACUAUGUUCACAAACGAGGAAAUUGUUAGCAUGGAGUACUACCCCAACUAUCAUCGGUGCCAGAAUUCCUACAAAAAUCCAUGGCUUCGAACAGCUAGAUUUUUUACUCUCGUGUGGCUACCUUUCUCACUCAUCAUACUCAUGUACUCCAUCAUCAUCUACAAGGUGAUAAGAUCUGGAGCGAAGACACGACGUUUGCUGGCUAUUUCCACUGUCAUUAUAAUCUCUGGGAUCAUUUGCUGGUUCCCUUCCAUCAUCUCCUCCAUCUUUUCCAUCCCGAUGAACUACAAAGUGGCCCAAGUCUUGACUGUCUCUCUUUUCUACAUGAGUAGCUCUACAGACCCACUCGUGUACGUCCUACUCAUGCCUGCUGUUAAAAGGUAUCUGAUUACAAGAUUUGUCAAAUGUGAGGAGCCUCCAGCCUGUUCUAGCAACUCAGGUCGGUCAAGUCAGACUAGCACUGCUAGCACUAGGGGGUGCAGUGUUGUAACUACUCCACACGCUCGGAUCAGCACCGUACAACCCAGAAGUAGUAGGGUUUCAACGGUUUCCCGAAAAUGAGGACACUAGACCGAUGUAUAGUCCAUGAAAGGACUGCACUACUCCAGAUAUACUCCCAAACCACACCACUGUGUGCAUGUGUAAACUUGGAACUUUAUCUGAACUCAAACCACAGUGACCGUAUGAGCCUUGUGUAUACUUGGAACUUUUUCUGAACUCAAACCACAGUGGUUAUCUUAGCCU